UCCUGAAGAGGAGCAGCGUCAAAGACACAAGAUGCCGAUACAAGUGCCGGCGUUCGGGGUGGGAGCUGCACUUCUCCUUCUCCUUCUGAUGCUCACACUUUUGCUCAUUUUCUACAAAUCUGCUGCCAGAGACAACACCCAAUACCCCAAUAGAAAAACACAGCAAGCUCAUUCCAGCAUAUGGCAGACCCUCUCUCAGCUUCUUCCUCCAUCUUCUUCUUCAUCUUGUUCCAUCCCAAGUCCUCCAAGCCACUUUCUUAUCGGCAACAUGAUGGAGUUUACUCACGACCAUCUGCCCAUUCACCUCACCCAUCUGGCACAACGCUACGGGGACAUCUAUCAGCUUAAAUGUGGAAACACUCGCAUGGUUGUUCUUAAUAGCAGUAAGGUCAUAAGGGAAGCACUCGUCAAGAAAUGGUCAGACUUUGCCGGAAGGCCCAUUUCAUUCACAGGAGAUAUUGUGUCUGGUGGAGGGCGCUCCAUCUCUCUGGGGGACUACAGUGACGAGUGGAGGGCCCAUCGGCGUCUGGUACACAGUGCUUUGCUGCGAUGCUGCCAACACUCUUUACAUGAGGUGGUUGAAAAGCAGGCAGCACACCUCUGCAAGGUUCUGAUGAGCUACCAAGGCAUUGCUGUUGAUCUGUCUGAGGACUUCACAGUUGCAGCCAGUAAUGUGAUCACCACAUUGACUUUUGGAAAAGAAUAUGACAAGAGUUCUCCAGAGCUGCAAGAGUUACACAACUGUCUGAAUGAGAUUGUCGCUCUGUGGGGCUCUGCUUGGAUUUCAGCCCUGGAUUCAUUCCCUUUGCUUCGAAAAUUACCCAACCCUGUUUUUUCCCGUCUCAUGAGAGAGGUGACCAAGCGAGAUGCCAUUAUUGGCAAACACCUCAACCUCUACAAGUCCCAAGACAAGAGACGAGAAGACACCAUCACCAGCUACCUGCUGCAGGGCCUCAACACUGAAAGCGGAGUGCUUCUGACAGACACUCAUGUUCACAUGGCCACUGUGGACCUUCUCAUCGGAGGAACAGAGACUACGGCAGCCUGGCUCAACUGGACCGUAGCUUUCCUCUUGCACCGGCCAGAGGUCCAGACUCAGGUCUAUGAGGAGCUGUGCACUGUACCAGAGGGUCACUACCCCAAAUACAGUGAGAGGCACAAUCUUCCCGUCCUGUGUGCCCUCAUCAAUGAGAUGCUCCGACUCAGGCCUGUUGCUCCUCUGGCGGUACCGCACAGAGCCAUCCAAGAUAGCAGCAUCGCAGGUUAUUACAUUCCCAAGAACACAGUGAUUAUUCCCAAUCUUUUCGGAGCUCACCAUGAUCCUGCAGUUUGGACUGAGCCGUACAGCUUCAAACCAGAACGCUUUCUGGAGGGAGGAGGAGCUUCCCCACGAGAUCUGAUCCCCUUUGGAGGGGGUGCUCGUCUUUGCCUGGGGGAGGCGUUUGCCAAAAUGGAGUUGUUUCUCUUCACAGCCCAUUUGCUCCGAGAUUUCCAGUUCGUUCUUCCUGACAGCGAGGCCCGUCUACCAGACUUUAGGGGUGUCGCUAGUGUUGUGCUCAAGGUCAAAUCCUACAAGGUUAUUGCACGCCCACGGUGUGUCAAUAGUAACUAAAGCUUGCUCAGCAUGUGCACUUCGGUGAGUGUUACCAUUAUGAAAUGUGCAAUUAUGUAUUCUGCACUUCUUUGUCCUCGCAAUGUGGAAUACGCAUAGAUGCCUUUAAAUACAAAUCUCCAUUGUCUCAUUCGAUAUCAGAUUAAGUGUAUUUUGUAGAAGUUGUUAUGUAGUUAUUGCAUUCGAUGUAAAGUUUAAUACUUGGGCUGUCAAAUGAUGAAACAAUUAAAUCUAAUUAAUCACAGUUUUCAAAUGAACGUGUGGGGAUGAUAUUGUGAUUCAGUCUGCCGUCAUAACAGGGACGUGUGGCUUGACAUGAUGCACAUGCGUUAAAUACGCAAAAUAUUUAAACUUUAAUUAAUGAAAUAAAUUAGUUACUGCCAUUAACGUGCUAUUUUUUAACAUGCCUAGUUAAUACAUUUUAUAACACCUGAAAUUUGAGUACAUUUUAGGAAAUAAACCUGCUUCAGUUUGAACUUUUGCACUGAUCAGUCUGGCAGCGCCACCCAGUGGACAUAUACUGACAUGGGGACGAAUGGAUGGAUUUAUGAACAUGCUGUAUGUUUGUACUGUAUAUACUGUAUAUUUUUUUAGCAAAAAACAUCACAGGACCUGGUUCCAAUACUCCAUGUCGUUUGGUUUGUUUGUUGUUUUUUUUUUUUAACUCAAUUUAAUAUUCUACUGUGUACAAUUACCAUUAAAAUGCUUGCUAAGAUAAGUCAAAAACUUAUGUUGAAGUAGUUUCCUUUUGCUGUCGCA